GGAGAGAAGAAGAAGAAGAGGACGCUGCAGCGCUCCGCUCCAGAAGAAGAAACAACCCUCAACCUGAGCGAAGUCUCCCCCCUCACUGCUCGAUGUGACGGCUCCGGACCUUCCUCUCUCCCGCUGCGGCUCAGUCGACGAGUUCAUGACGGUUUCGGACAGUGACUCUCUCGCGCUCAUCAUGCCUGUCCCAGCCGAGUGCUGCAGCUCCAGCGAGCCGGCCCGCUCAUCCUCGGCGUCGCUUGUGCCCGCCGCCCCGAUCAACACCCACCAGCCGGGGGUGGCCACCUCGCUUCUGUACAGCGGCUCGCAGUUCCGGGGCUACCAGAAGAGCAAAGGCAACUCCUACGACGUCGAGGUCGUCCUGCAGCAUGUGACCGUGGAGGACUCGUAUCUGUGUGGCUACCUGAAGAUAAAGGGUCUAACUGAGGAGUAUCCCACUCUCACAACAUUUUUUGCUGGAGAAAUUAUCAGUCAGAAACGGCCUUUCUUAACCAGGAAGUGGGACGCAGAUGAGGAUGUGGACAGAAAGCACUGGGGCAAGUUUCCACCUUUUUACAAAUAUGCCAAAAGCUUCAACUCGGACGACUUUGACUAUGAAGCACUGGACAACAGUGAUUACGUCUUCAUGAGGUGGAAAGAGCAGUUUCUGGUUCCGGACCACACUAUCAAAGACAUCAGCGGUGCCUCCUUCGCAGGCUUCUACUACAUCUGCUUUCAGAAGUCCACAGCUACUAUUGAGGGCUACUAUUACCACAGGAGCUCUGAAUGGUACCAGUCUCUUAUCUUAAACCAUGUUCAAGAGCACAGCGUGCCCAUUUAUGAAUUUCGCCUUUCAGCCGGCCUCCUGGCCCGCAGCAUGACACAAGGACUCGUGGGGUUGUCGGGGGGGAAACUCUUGACACACUAUGUUUUUUUUCAUUUCAACCCAAGUCGAGGCACAGAGGCUACACCUGCAGCUCAGAGUCAAACCAGGGAUCUUCUUCACCCUGAGUCCUGGUUCUGUCGUCUCACCAUGGAGGCCCAGCGGUAUCCCAUGAGUGUGCGUUUCACCGGAGUGUUGCACAAGGAGAAGAGCAAAAUGUACAUCACCUCAGUGCUGUGGUCUGACCAGAGUGACAUCAUUGUUUACAGAACUUUUGGGGAGUUCAAGAAAUUCCACAAAAAAAUGAAGGCGGUCUUCCCGGCAGCAAGUAAAUUGAAAAAAUCGGACAGAAUCAUCCCAAAGUUCCGAGACAAGAAGACGAAGCGGAUCGGUCCCAAGAAAUCCCUCUUGCGCCUCAAAUCCUUGCAUAAAUACUGCAACGAGCUUCUGAGCUGCGACCCGCGGGUCACUCAGUCUGGAGACCUCAUCCAGUUCUUCCAGCCCAAAGACCAGGACCUGCAGCCGGACUUCCCUAAGAACAGCAUCAUCAUCAUGCCCUCGGAAGAUGAACUCAACGGCGACACAGGCCACCUCCAAGGCGGCAACGUGACCCAGCCGUUUGUCACCGAGACGUACAGAUGUGUGGCCUCGUACGAGACCAAAGACACCAAGAACAAGCCUUUCAAAGUGGCCGUGGAUGAAAAAGUGGACGUACUGAUUAAGGAUAAAGCAGGCUGGUGGCUCGUGGAGAACGAGGACAAACACAUGGCCUGGUUCCCUGCCCCGUAUCUGGAGAAGCUGGAUGAUGAUUACGAUGAAGAUGAAACCGAUGGGACUCCUGAAAGAGGAACACUGUGCACUGCGAUCAAGAGCUACAAGGCCACCAAAGACGAUGAGCUGUCUGUGCACAUCGGUGCAAUGGUGGAGGUCCUGCAGAAGUCUGACAACGGCUGGUGGCUCAUCAGAUACAAUGGUAAAGCAGGUUACAUCCCCUCCAUGUACCUGCAGCCCUACAGCCACCCUCACGUCCGCAUGGCAGCCAACCAUCAAAACCGUCGCUCCUCCUCUGCGCUACCGGCCUCCUCCUCCUCCUCCUCCUCCUUGAUGCUGGAACAGUCCCACCAGCUCAGCCUCUCUUCAGGAAACCUUCUGCAGCUUCCACCCAACAGGUCCUCAACCCCCCGUCUGCUCACACCCGACAUGAUGCAGAGGUCUCGCUCUCUCGACAUCCUGUCUGAGCCACCUCGUGCUCUGCCAGCCCUGAGUACCUCUGCCACCAAGGUCGCAACAGCAACCGGCCCUGCAAAACACUUUCCUCCGCCCACCAUCAUGGUGCAAAUGGCCGGAGGGGAGGAGGAGGAGGAGCGUGGCAAGAGCCUGAGAGCAGAGAGCGAUGCAAGCUUUGGGAGCAGCAGCAGCGAAUUCAGCUGCAGCGACGACCUCAGUUCCUCCUCAGCCAGCUCGACCUUCAACCUGAGCCAGAGCGCCACUGGUGACUGGCUGCGCCACAGCCGUACGCCUCCACCCAUGAAGAGCAGCGGCCUCAGCCCAACCUAUGCCACCGAGGGGAAAAUGCUCCCCAGCGUCUCUGAUCCCAACAUUUACAAGGGGAGCUCCAAGCCCAAGGUGCCGCCCAGGCCGAGGCCUCGGGAGAUCCUCACCCGCUGCACCACCAUCACCCGCAAGAACGCCGGCCGAGGCCUGCCCCCCACACAAACUGAGAUACUGAGCCAGUGAACUUUUACUAUCAAGGAACCUCACCGGUUCUAUAGAUGCUGAGUUUUGUUUAAUUUUAUCCUCAUACAGGUUGACAUUCUGCUGCCUUUAUCAAAACUAGGGGGUUGUUCCAUACUAUUUAGUGAUCCACUCACACAUCCACAGUUAAGACUGUGUCCAGAAAACUAACUGGAAUUAAGAGUCAAUAAUCAGUAUUGUGCAUGUUCUCAACUUCGGUAAAGUCUGCUAAAUUUGACCAGCUCACAUGAUCAAAUAGGCUGAUCAAUCAGGUUACAGUAGACAUUCUUAGCCCACAUCUUCACUUCCCGCUCUAAAACCUUUAUUUUCCAUACUGGAAACCCGUGUUGUGCCUUAUAUGCAUGUGCACUGUGUUGAGUGCAAGAGUUUGAUUGGUUUGUUAUUUUACCUGCAAAAAAAAAAUCAGGCUGUUGCUGAAGUAAAACUAAACCUCACGUGAAUAAUGGGACGUGUGCAAAUACUUAACUCAGACUUUAAACCCCAGAUUAAACCAUGUAGAACAGCUGGGUGUUCACCUGUUACUGUGGAGCUGGGAACAAAUAAAAACACUUGUAUCAUG